GUCGUAAAGGCUAAAUAACCACGGUUGGAUUGCCCCUGCUCAUAUCGCGGUUACCCAUCGAAAGCUCUGUGAUAAAAAAGACUCGGCAAAGGGAAGCUUCCAACACGGAUCGAAUAGAAUAAUGCAGGCUUUUUACUUGGGCGGCUGGAAGACAACUCAUUUCUCUUGACUAUGAUUCUUCCUUUCGGCCAAGGUCUGUGAGAUCGAGAUAAUAGGGAAAUCCUAAGACACACUCACUCACUGCAUCCAAUUCAUCACAGAGGUACCUAACGAUUUGCAUCCUCAUGGCGGAAAUGUUGAAAUCCGUUGCAGUAACGCUGGUCCUCUGUAGCCUUGUGCCCUGCGCGUGGGGACUGGCGUGCUGGGACACCUGCGGUAACCUGCAAGUAAAGUAUCCCUUCGGCACGGGCCCCGGCUGCGGAGAUCCGAGAUUCCAAAGCUCGGUAAGCUGUGUAAACCAGAAGCUUAUGUUUACUUCUCACUCUGGCUCAUACCUCAUAGUUUCCAUUGAUUAUACAAAUACUGUAAUCUAUGUGGCCGAUCCGCGAAUGUCGACCUGCAUGGAAAUGCAGCAGAGCGGCAGCUUCGGUCUGGACUGGACGGCCCCCUUUAAGCUCAAAAACGAUGUAUUUGUGCUGCUCAAUUGUAGCGCCUCUUCCUCGCUCUAUAACCCUCAAAGCUUCCUCUGCGACACCGGCAGCGCUCAUAUUUGCACCAGCCUUUACACUUGCCCUGGUGUGCAGGGCCUGGGAAUCCCUCAGUUCUCCCCUAUUACUUCCUGCUGUGUUUACACGCCUGUAAAUCUCGGAUCUGCCAAUGAGGUUAACCUUGCCAAGCUAGGGUGCGAAUCUUAUACCAGUAUUUACAAUUUCGGAGACGAUACCACGGAUCCCCUGCGCUGGAGAUAUGGCAUCAAGCUCCAGUAUAAUUAUAACCUCGAUAAUAAUAAUUUCCCCUCUGCCUGUGCUGAUUGCGAGAAGAGCAAUGGCAUUUGCGGAUUCACCAGUCCUUAUAAUUCUUUUGUUUGCGUCUGCAAGAAUGGGGUUAAUACGACCACCGAUUGUUACGGUCAAGUUAGCUACUUUAGCAGAGGCACCAGUAAUGGAUCUGCAGCGACUGCGCUUUGGCUUACAGGAUUCGUGCUCGCAAUCCCAAGCAUUUGGCGUUUUGUGCUGCAAUUUCUUUAGGACCGGAUGAAAUCACAGUUCCUGCACGUGAUUUACUGUGUAGCCUUGUUUGUUUAUUGGAAUUUGGAAACCAGUUGAAAUCAAAGUUGUUAAAUAUAAAUCUGCAGCAGUAUGUGAUCCAAAGUGGAGAGCGACUGCUCAAUCUACUCUCACUGUAGCUUUCAUGCAAAUUCUUUUUGUCAAAUAUUUAAUUGAAAUCCGAAAAAGGGAUCAUUUGUUAAAA